AUGGCCAUUAACAGCUCUUGCUCCAAGGCCAUUCUAGGAACUCAUGUUCCUAUGUAUGCUCCAAAUGCUUCCAACACACCCAAGUUUUCCUUAACCCCCAAUGGCCACAAGGGUUGCAGCUCUGGGUUCCCAAAACUUGUUCAAAACAAGGGCCUUUUCCCACUUCAUGCUGUGCCAUCCAAAACUAUGGAGCUAGAUGAAGAUACACACUGGUUUAUCAACACAGAAGAAAAAAAGGAAAAGAUCAGGAAGAUUAUACAGUAUCAAAAAUCUCUGUAUAGGUCAACAACAUCAUCUUCUUUUUCAUCUUCAGCUGCAUCCUCAUCUUCCUUUUCCUCACCCCAUAAAUCAAGCAGUUUGUUGAAGUUGAUGAAAGGAGGAAGCACAUCCAUGAGGAGAUUAUUUGACAUGGAGCACACAAGUUUGGCAACCCAUUUUGACUUCUACAGUGGCUCACCAAUAACCAAGCCAAUAUCUCUGUGGGAAAGUGAUUCUGAGCAUGAUUUCCAGGAUCCUUGGGCCUUGAUCAAGGAGGUUGGACCCACCCGUUUUGUUGGAACUGAUAGAGAAAGUGAGUUAGCCUCAAAGGGUUGUUAUGUGGAUGGAGAUUUUGGUUCCCAGAAUAGAAAUCUCAAGAGUAGCAAGCGAAAAUUGACAAGGAAAAAGUCUUUUAGGAGGUUGCCAGGAUUUGGUUUGUGGAGAUGUGGAAGAUUUAGAUUCCCUUUGAGAUUUAGAAGGCUUAAACUACGUGAUUUACAUCAAGUGUUCAAUGAGAAGAGUAAUAAAGCACGUUGUGGAGAGAAACUCAUAGCUUGGCCGGCGACACAAAACACUAAUCAGAGUCCAGAUACUUGCAAAUGA